AGCUAUUCUUCACUGGGCUAGAAAUUGCUAGACUGAUACCUUAAAAAUGCAGAGGUACUUCCUUCAGGCAGUCUUCUUGCACUCAAAGCAAGCUUGCAAUGUCCGACCAUGUGCCACAUUUGUACUUUCAACCACAGGUGGGAAAAUGCCUUUCUUUAUCCAACAUCAGGGGCAACUCCUUCACACAUCACGUCCAGUCAUCGUCUCUGAACAGAGGCGGCCAAAUCUGCAAGAAGAUCCACUAUCCACACACCACAAGGGCCUUGAUCAUACCAAAAUACAAGAGUCCAAAACUUUUCCAGAGAAUGACCCACACCAAGAUACCUUGACGGACUCAGUUCAGAAAACAUACUUUUCCGACACAAAACUGAAUCAAGAGCCAGCAAGUGUGGAAACUGAUCCCCUCCAGGACCCUACAAUAGGUCUUUUUCAACGAUUCAAGAAGACGUUCAAACAGUAUGGGAAAGUCAUGAUUCCAGUACAUCUGGUGACGUCCAGUAUAUGGUUUGGUGCAUUUUAUUAUGCAGCAAUGAAGUAA